AUGAUUUCGCGAGCAGUGUUUGCUCGUGGUGUAUGCCUGCGAUGUCAAUUACGAAUCCUCGAUCGACCGAAAGCUCAUAGCUCGCUCCGAAUCGCCCCUUUUCGAACCCAUUUCCUCCAGCGACGGACGUAUAGUUCCGAGUCGGCGUGGGAGCGUCUUACUAGAAGUUCAGAAGGGAAGGAUGAAGAACCGCCAAGCAGACAGGUUCCUGAGAAGGAUGUCUCGCCUACGAAAGACCAGCCUUCUCAGACGUCAUUCAAAACAGUAGAUGAAGAUGGCGCAUCGAUCAGAACCGAACCGGAAGCUGCCACCUUGUCCCGAGACCCAACGAAGCGAAGGAGCCCUCUCUUGACGAGAUACUACAUCGGCGAAGACCCCCUCGACCGCGUCUCGAGGCGUCGCGUUGGCAAUCGUAGUGUGUACCUCCAGUCUGAGGCACUGGACGUUGAUAUGCUGGGAGAAAAGGCACAAGCGAUCGUGAUGCGCGACAUGAGACGACGCCACCGGGACAUCAAGCAAUUGCCUGUGGAAGAGCUCAUUCCUGAGGCAUUCGACAUCAGCCAAAGCCUCGCAUCUGAAGAUAAGGAUCUGACGAUGGAGGAGGCGCUAUCAAACCUCGAAGAGAUCCGGCCUUCCGACCCCAUUGUCUCGUACGAUGACUUUUAUACGCUGCUGGAUGUCCUCAUCAAUGGCUUCACAGUCGCCCAGCUCAGGGCAUAUGUAAGCCGUGCGAACGCGAGGGCUGCUACUAAGCCGAAGGAGAAGACGAAGCAGCCCUACGAUUCUGUAGAAGUUUUGACGCCCUGGACCCCCGUGGCAAGCGUCGAAAUCGACGGCUCGGCCAAGGAGAGGCUGGGACUGACUCUCAUGUUGGAGGCCUGGCGCUUGACCAUGAGGGAGAUUGUCGACGGCCAAGGCUACUUGAGCGGGCGGAUCGACGAGCGGUUCUUUGCCCUGCUUACGAACCAAGAGCAGCGACUGGACGCCAUCAGGGAAGCCUAUCUUGAUCCAGGCGAAACCAUUGAUAUCUCGGAUUCGAUAUUAAAGAUCAACGCCACCAAGGCCAAGACGCAGGCAAUUCUUCAGAGGUUGGACGAAGCGUCCAAAGCUAUAAUCGUGAAGAACUUCAAAGCCGAUUGGCUUGCUAAUAGCGACGUCGACGGCCAGCUGCUCUGGAACUUGGGCCAGCUCACCAAUACUUUCAUUGACCGUAAAAAGCGUAAAGAGAUUGAGGUAUCGUGGAUCAAACACGGAAACACAGAAGUCGCCUUUGGCGAACAGGUAGACCAAGACGAAACGGGUGAACAACUGGGCCACAUUGUUCAGCGUCUGCUACACUCCGCCCUCUUUCCGAGAGAACAGUCCAUCACCCUGAAACAUGAGUCCGAUGUGAAGAAGGCAAGACUUGUUGCCGAGCCUCGCGGCAACGAGAAGCUCUCGUGGAAGGAGAGGCUCACACAGUGGUCUCGGUGGGUGAAGCAAGCCGGUCGAGAAAAUUCUACCGAUAAGGCGUUCACCAUCACGGAGGGCGACAUUUUGCCUUUGCCUCUUUCUACCAAGGCCCCAGCCGUGGAUUCAGAUGCUCCUUGGAGCAAGCCGUAUGUCUCGACAGCCGCUUCCUUUGGCCAGAUACUCCACAAGUACGACGAAGGAAGCUUUACAAUCGCCAAGGCAGCCAAAGCCAAGAAUCACAUCUUCUCACCUAGCUCCCCGCCUCCCGCAGGUCUCGCACCCAUCGUGGAGUCAGUUACCUCUGCGAACCCGGAAAGCCCCAUCAUAACUACCCUCCUUCUCGUCUUCCGACCUCACCCUUCCGUGGCCAAGGAAACAGCCCGCGACCUUCCCGAUCUCCUCGAGCUCCACCUGACCGUCCCGGACGACCUUCCCGAGGGCCCCCUGGCGUGGGACGCCACUCCCAAGCGUCUCGUCGCCACCCUCAGCCAGACCUUUACCGACGUCGCGUACCCCUCCGAACCCGUCGACCUGCGGCUCUCGCAGCCGUUGGUGUCCACCAUGUCACCAGAGGCCCUCGACACGUCUGCGUUCCGCGAGUACAUUGAGGCCGCGAAGCUGGACCUCCUCGAAGGACGCUUGCGCCCGCCGCCGGAGGUCGAGCUGUCCGGUCUCCCUUCCGCUAAGGACGACGGGAGCGUUUCCGGGCCCGUGAAGUACAUGUUUGCCGGUCUCGAGAUGCGUCGGGCUCUCGAGGUGAGUUACGAGGGUCAUAAGAUCCAGUUGGCGAGCAUCGAGGCUGGUUUGCACGGUGGUCGCCGUUCUCAGAUGAACUUUGAAGCUGUGCCACCGCCUGCCGACGCGAGCUUGUCAAAAUACGAAGAGAAGACCUAUGUGAGGAAGUACCUAGACAUCGCGGAGGACUUUGUGAGAGGAGGUGUUGUGAAGUGGAUCGGAGAGAGAGACCUUGCGGGAGAGUUUAAGGAAGUUGAAGACACGACGGCAGCGGCGGUCGAGGAAAUUGAGGUUGCGGAAGCUGGAGAGGAGCGUGCUCUUCGUGAGAGUGAGCUCGAUCUUCCCAUGGAGCAGCUGGAAGUGACAGAGGAGGGCAAAGCUGAGACUUCAGUAGACGGCAAUGCUGAAGCGUCGGCCAACGAGGACAGUGAGACUUCUGUGGGCGGGGAGACUGAGACGCCAAAGAAGGAUGACUUGUAA